AUGACGAGGGACCAGAGUGGCACCUGGGAGAUGGAGAGCAACGACAACUUCGAAGGCUACAUGAAGGCCCUGGAUAUUGAUUUUGCCACCCGCAAGAUCGCCGUGCAUCUGACUCAGACAAAGAUCAUCGAUCAGGCCGGCGAUAGCUUCAAGACGAAAACCAACAGCACAUUCCGGAACUACAACUUGGAUUUCACCGUUGGAGUGGAGUUCGAUGAGCACACGAAGGGCCUGGACAACCGGCACGUGAAGACGCUGGUCACCUGGGAAGGCGACUGCCUGGUGUGCGUGCAGAAGGGGGAGAAGGAGAACCGUGGCUGGAGGCAGUGGAUCGAGGACGGCAAGCUGCAUCUGGAGCUGACCUGUGGGGACCAGGUGUGCCACCAAGUGUUCAAAAAGAAGUGA